GGGCAACUAUCGCGCGGCUGUAUCAAACCGAGAAGACCAAGAAUGGAGAAUGGAGGAAACAGUGCCGCAUCGACCUUGGCGAGUAAUGCUGAACGGCAGAUCGUGCUAGUCACUGGACCUGGACCGAUCCAACCAGUCAACAACCAAGGCGAUGGCGGCUAUGGCUACAGGAAUUUCAACAAUAAUAAUAAUAACCACAACAAUCUAACUUCGAACCGAGAGAUGGUGGAGGCUAUAUUCACUAUGCGGGAGUUCUGUUUGACAAUGAUGCAAGAAAAGAAGGAAGAACGAGAGAGACGAAAAGAAGAGGAGGAGAGAAGGCGCAGAGAAGAAGAACAAAGGCAACUGAGAGAAGAGAGGGAGAGGCUCGAACUUGAGAAGCAACAACGUGCGGACGAACGGGAAGCCCGCUUUGCGCUCAUCAUCAAGAGCGAGAUGGCGAGUAAAGAUCAGAGCUACCAAGUAAUCAUGGAACAACUCGCUAAGCAAAACAAGAUGUUACGGGAGGUUGUCGAUGGAUUGAAAGCUGGAACUGCUAAGAAUCCUAUAAUGAUUGAAGACAUGAGGAGGGACAUUCUGCUACUACGAGAAGCCGAGCUCGAACGCGGACGAAGGAAGCGCUCGAAGGAGGGUAGCGGCACCAAGGAACCCACGGGGCGCCAGAAGCAAGCGGAGGUAUCAGAAAGGGAGCUAAAGUUGUCUGAAGAACUACUUGGCAUGGAGGAGAGGCACCGCGAGCAAAUGAAGGUCAUGCGCGAGGAGAUUGAAUCGCUGAAAGCGGCGCAGCUGACAACCGCUCCUACUCCAUCGACCCCGUCCACUUCACGUGCAAGAACGUGUACGCCGAUGUCAGGAUUACGAACAGUUGAACCAGCUGAACUUUUCGCGAAGACGGCUCCGAACCCUGUGCGAAAAACAACCGGGCAGAAGAGAUGCGGGAGAAGUGUUAGUGAUGAACCACUCGGGUUCGAUAAACUCGUGCCUGGUAAGAAGGUCGUCGUGGCGGAACCGGGAGACGAAUGGAGGCAGAAGUUCCUAGAGGACACCAGGCGGUUCCUAAGAUCCAAGAACGUCCCGGUGCUGGCGAAGAUGUGUAAAGAUGAGAAGCUCACUGCGAAGAGUAACAGGAAGGAGGACUUAGUCGAAGCAUUGGCGGAAGCAAGAGUGCGUAUGGCAUAUGGCAACCGCGAGCAAGCGCAGCCAGUGAGGAUCAGCGAACAAGUCGACCCGAAUGACCAGGGAACUGAGAUGGUCGAAUGAUAGUGAUGGUCGGAGCUCGUUAUGCGCCUGGGAGCGAU